AUACGCGGCUCCCACUUGUAUAUUUCUUCCCAUCAUCUUCAACCUCUCUUCUUCAACACUCCCAACCAACAAUGUCAACACAACCCAUUACACCCUCACUCUACUUCCCCAAUGUCGACGACAUCAAAAAGGUCUUCAACCGCUUCGACACCAACGGCGACGGCAAGAUCUCCGGCACCGAGCUCAUCCACGUCAUGAAAUCCCUCGGCUCAACAACCACCGACGAAGAAGUCAACCAAAUGAUGAAAACCAUCGACACAGACUCCGACGGUUUCAUAAACCUCGAAGAGUUCGCAGGUUUCUGCAGAGCAAACGCCGGUGAAGAAGGUGAAGGAGCAAAGGAGCUUCGUGAAGCGUUUGAGAUGUACGAUUUGAACAACAACGGGUUGAUAUCGGCGAGUGAGUUGCACCAGAUCUUGGGGCGGUUGGGGGAGAGUUGUACGGUGGAGGAUUGUGUGAAGAUGAUUAAGUCGGUGGAUUCGGACGGUGAUGGGUGUGUUAACUUUGAUGAGUUUAAGAAGAUGAUGAUGGCCAGUGGUGGAGGAUCUAACGGUGAGGGUGCAUCGUCUGUUGCAGUUUAGCCUUUGGUUUUGGGUUUAAAUAAGUUUGGGUUAGUUUAUGAUUUUAGUUUGGCUUAAUAUUGUUGGGUGGUUUGUCUUCGUUGACUGCGGGGAAUAUUACUACGCUGGUUGGAAGGCUUUGUGCCUGUUGUGUUUCUGUCUCACUAUAAGGGAGUUCCCAAUAAACGAAACGUACCUUUCAAAAAAAUAAAAUAAACGCAACUUUUACCUUU